UUCCCAGCUUACUCUAGCUACAGUCGAUUCUCGCUAUCUGUCGCAAGCGGUGGACAUUUUGUACAGACGGCUUAUUCUUUAACCAUACACCGUUUUCACCUCACUGUGUAUGUUUGUGAGUACUUGACUCUUGUUAUCAUCAUCAUCAUUACUGUCGUUAUAAUGGUCUUAGGCAAGGAAUGAACUCCACUAUGUUUCAUUCUCGUUCUUCUAAAAAUUUAGUGCUUUUAACCUAUAUUUAUAGCUGGUCUUGUUUAAGUGCAGUGAUAACUACAUGGUUGAGGUAGCAUUUACCAACUGUUCAUAUUCGACUGCAGAAAAAUCCCUGCUCUCACCCGAAACCUUAAAAAACUGGAUGUAAACCCAACACAGAAAAUAAAAAUAAAUGAAAAACCAAAAUUAAACAGAAAAGGAUUAUUUGAAACAAUAUCUAAAUUGCAAUGGAUAUUUUUCCUAUACAGAGAAAUCUUUGUUUUUAUAACACCUUCAUUUCAAACUGGAACUGAACCUUUUUUAGCAAAAUUUUCUACUCCACACAAUUUCUUUUGUGAAAAAUGUUAAUGGCUGUUUAAUCUUUGGAUUCCAUAAUAUGUCAGGAAGUUGAAUUGAGAGAAUACGAAAACAAAGUGGUGAAAAAGCUAAGGAGAAAAAAAAAAUACCCCUUCCUUUUAAAUGUCAACUAUUGGAAGCUUCUAAUGAUGCUUUCCUUAAUAGUUAUAAAUCAUGUGGCACAUCUAUAUAUGAGUGUUUAAUAUCUUUGAAUAGAGGAAUAUUUGUUUGAAGGAGGUUUAUAAUAUGAUAUUCGUAAAAAAGUAACAUCACAAAGUGAUUUGAGAAAUUAAGCCUUCAUUUAUCAUUAUAAAUAAUGUCACACUUGGGUGGGAAAACCAUGCAUAUGUCUUCAAAACCUUUCGUUCCUCAGGGGUCAGAGUUUCAGACCCAAUCAAAUAUGGCAGAAGUUCGAGAAUAUAUCUUCCAAGACAGUAGUUAUCCUGGUACUCAGUUUGUUCAACCUUGUUAUCAACCAGCUGAACUAAGGCCCAAUAUAGUGCAGGCUGCAGUUAAUGAACAGCCUACACCUGAGAACAAGAGCUCAACCAUUAAUUUUGACAAUUCUUCCCAUGAAGGCUGUGCUUGUUGCCAAAAGACAUGUCAGUGCCCUAGCUGUACUGAUGGUGGAAACGGUAAUGGAAGUGGUGUUGGCACUAGCAAUAGCAGCAAUAUAGGAGAACAUAACAUUUGCAAUGUUAGUGAACAACCUGUCACCAAUAUGCCAAUUCAGACGACUGGAAAUGGAAAAAAGCAGCUAUUUUGUGAAUUUUGUGGAAAGAAAUUUGUCCAAGAAUAUGUCCUGAAGGUCCACAGGCGUAAACAUACUGGGGAAAAGCCAUAUGAAUGUGAAAUCUGCUCCAAGAAAUUUGCCAGAAAUGAUACCCUACGCAAACACAAGAGAAUUCAUACUGGACAGCCAAACGGCAGCGUUUCUAAUGUUGGUAUCUCUCCUAGUUUGAGUUUAAUGAUUGCGCAAGGUGUUGUUGCCCAGGAAAAUGGUGUAACCAAUCCUGGGAACCCAGGCACUAUGAUGUCUUCUGUUUCUAAUUCUCAGACGUCUCAGAGAAACAGUCAGAAAUCAUAUACCUGUGACAUUUGCUUGAAACCGUUUGCUCAGCGCCAUUAUUUACAGAUCCAUAAACGAACCCAUACAGGUGAGCGCCCUUUUCACUGUCAGGUUUGUGAGCGAAGUUUCACCCGUAGAGACACACUGAUUAUUCAUCAGCGGACUCACACUGGCGUGAAACCAUUUCAUUGUGAAAUCUGCAUGCAACAAUUUGCACACAAACACAACCUCCAGAUACACAAACGGAAACAUACCGGGGAGAAACUGUUUCAAUGUGACAUCUGCGCUGAACUGUUCACACGCCGUGAUUAUUUACAAAUUCAUCGGCGGACUCAUACAGGAGAGAAACCCUUCCAGUGUGAUCUCUGUAUCCAGAAGUUUGCCCGUCGCACCACAUUGGAAAUUCACAGACGAACACACACAGGGGAGAAGCCAUUCCACUGUGAGUUCUGUGGGAAACAAUUUGCCAAUCGAGACAAGCUUCGCAUACACCAGAGAACACAUGUACGCAAGAAGCCACACCAGUGCACUAUAUGUCUAAAGAAGUUUGCACGGAGAGAUACACUUGAAAUUCACAGCCGGAGACACUCUGGCCUCAAGCCAUUCCAUUGUGACAUUUGUCUGAAGAAAUUUGCACAGAAAGAUUACCUUCAGAUUCAUAAGAACACUGUGCACUCGGGACAGAAACCUUUCCAAUGUGACCUCUGCACACAGAAGUUCUCCCGCCGUGAUUCUCUGCAGCGGCACAAGAAAACACACUAUAAACAGGUUGAUGAAGUGCAGAAGGCCACAUCUAGCAUCACAAAUAACAAUGUGGAAGAGGUGCAGCCACUGAAUAAAUACUUAUGGUUGUAAAUUCAAAAAUCAACUCAAGAUGCAGCCAGUAAUGCAUUUAUCAGGUUUUCUUUGAUCAUGAGGAUGUUGGCUGCCAUGACAACAGAUGAGACUUCUUCACUAUUUGCAAUAACCUACUUAAUUCUACCAGAUAAUCCGUUAUUGUAUUCCUAUCAGAAGACCUUGUUAUGCACUGUUAACAACUAUACCAAGAAUAAGUCUCUUUUAUAGACAUGUUAUGUAUUAACAACUGUCAUAACAACUCUACCAAUGGGCUUUACCUUAGCAACUCCACCAGAAAUACUCUGAUAUAGCAGCAGCUUUGGCUCUAAAAUACCAAGAACCUAGUAAUUCUGCCAAAAAUACAUUAUUCUGCCAAAUCUACUGAAGCAACAUUACUAGUUAAUUAAAAAAUUAGGGGUGUGAUUCCCCUGACCUGUCCACAACCAUUAAGAUUGCCUCAUUCAUCACUAUUGGUAUAAUUAAUUACAAUUUCUUGGAUCAUUGCAUCAGAUUUGUUAACGCUCAUGUUACUACCAAAAAUAUGGUCAUUGGGAACUCAAAUGAAAAGAUAUUAAUGAAAUUUAUGUCAAAGCGACUUUUUGGGGGUUGACUAACAAAAAUCAAAAAAGGAAAAAGUUAAAAAAAAACAAAAACAAAAUUUUAUCAUAGCAGUUUUGUGAAUAAAGAUGAUGUCUGGUACAAUCUACAGAAACCACUCACUGUAAUGAAAGUUCUAUCCAGAAACAGUUCUGCCAUAUGGACCACAAAGAAUCAACCACAAUAAUUCAACCAAAACUAACAAACUACAAAUACUCUAACCUUAGGAAUUAUGUCCAGAACUAAUUUGUUAUUACAGCAGCAGUAUUCAAAACACUUUCCUGUAGCAAAAAAAAAAAAAAUGGCAGUGAAUAAUUACAAUUUUACCAAAGUUUUCCUGCACAGGCUUCCUGACAACCCCUACAGUACCGAAGCUAUCCUGCUGCUGUGUGAUUUACAACAAGCUUUUCUAUAAUAUACUCUCGAGGGCUCCCAUACUUUUGUUACAGAGAUCAUGUUACUGCUGCUGUUGCUGCUGCUGGUUUCAUGUAGUGCCAAUAUAAAAAUGUUGUUGUUGUUGUUGUUGCUAUUGUUUUUGUUGUUGUUCAGCCUCAAACUAUCUCCGAUGUAGUUGCAGACCAGGGAGCAAACAAAUAUAAAUAAAUAUAUGAAAUAAACAAACAUGACUCUACACAGUAUAUUCAGAACACUUUAUUUUUUCCAGCUACAAUCAUCCCAUACUUAUACAAGAAUAUUUUGACUACAUUAUCUAGUGUGCACUUUCCUUUCUCAAGAUAUUAGGGUUUGAUUUAAAAAAUUAAAAAAUAAAAAAAACUUUUAGUGGCUGUUUCCAGCUGGUUGAGCAAGCAGUACGUAAAGGCUCCCUCAUAAAGGUGUUGGUAGUGAUAGUAGUAAUAAUAGUAGUAGUUGUAGCAGUAUAAGUGUUGGUGGUGGUAACUGUAGUGGAAGUGGCGGUGGUAGUUGUAGUUGCAAUAGCAGUGGUGACAGCAGUAUGGUGGUAGUGGUGAUAGGAUAGGAGUCUAUUGUCAUUCAUGGCUCUGUUAGCUAAGCUGAACAUCCAUGAACUUUUUAGUACCAAAGGUAAAUUCCAGAUGGAUAAGUAAGAACUUAGAUGGGUGAAUCCUCCUCCUCCCCCGCCCCCUCCUCCUCCCCCGCCCCCUCCUCCUCCUCCUCCUCAUCAUCAUCAUUUUAUGCCGACUUCUCAUGCUAUCAAGUUGAGACAGGUCAUCACAGUAUGAGAUAGUUAAUAUUUGGAAUCACAUCUCACUUGUAAUAUUCAAUUCUUGACUUGGUUUCUACAGCUGGAUACCCUUCUUAAUGUUUGCUACUUUACAGAGUGUACAGGGGUUUUUUUUAUUGUUGCUCCGGCACUAGAAAAGUUGUGAUAUCCUUGUGACAACAUCAUAAGGUUCACUCAACUUGAUAUGCGCUGAAAUAAUGAAUUUAAGCAAUUUCAUAAUCAUGUAACUCAUAUUAAAUUAUUUCUGAGUUCAAAUUUUGAUGAGGUUUACUUUACCUUUCAUGCUUUUGGGAUCAAUAAAAUAAGUACUUUACCAUUAUUGUUCUUAUGAAAUAAAGUACCAGUUGAGCAUUGGGGUCAGUGAAAUCAAAUAGUCCUCUCCUUCAAAAUUUUAGGCCUUGUGUCUAUAGUAGAAAGAAUUAAAUUACAGUUUUAGUAUUAAGGGUCAAAUCGUUUUUACGUUUUUUAGAAACUUCUUUCCAUGGAUGGUUUAAAAUUUCAAUGCAGGUAAGGUGUCAUUUGCAGUUAAGGAGGUUUCCAUUCUGUUGUAUAUCGUUGCUUGGUCUGCUGGAAAUAGCAGCUAAAUCUCUUUCAAAUUACACUCUGUGAUCUUUAAACAAAUGAGAAGGGCACAUUGAAUAACUUAGUCCUAGAUAAACUGCUGGAAAUAUAAAUGGAACAGUUGUGGUUGGAGUAAUUUUGAUAUUAAGUCUAUUGUUUCAGGGUUGACUUGGGGGCUAAAGAGCACAUCUGACUUUGUGACUGUGUGUGUUUGUAUAGAGAAGAGAUCAGAUAGGCCACUGAAAAGACCAGUAAUGCCAAAAAAGAGUAUUUGUAUAUGAGGCACACUGUUCCUCACAUGCCUAGCACUCCACCAUACUGUGGUAAUAGUAGUGAUGACUACACCUCCAACCAACCCAAUGUGAAACAAAAUAGGUCAAAAGGGUAGCUACUCUAUGGUCGCCCCAUGUGCUAGAAACAACAACUAAAUCUCCCCUAGCACAUUAAAAGAAAUGGAAAGGACACACUGGAUAAUGUAUGUCUGAAAAAAAAAAGAACAAAGUAGGAUGGUUAAGGAUGGAACAUCACGGUUCACUUGAGGUCUAAACAACAACAGCAUGAAAAAUAAAUAUUGCAGUAGCAGCAGUAGUAGUGUUAGUGGUGAUAUUAUUAGUGACUCUGUCAUUCCUAAAUGCUUGAUAAUCAUGGUAGUAGUGGUGGUAGUGGUGGUGGUGGUUGUAGUAGGUAGAGGAGGUGACACUCCUAACACCAAGAUAUUUUAUGAAAUACUAUUUAUUUCAUUGUUUGUUUGCUUAAUCUAUCUGUACUGUUGCCAUUUUGUAUAUUUAAUAAAGAAGUAUUCCAUUAGUAGAAUAUUAA